GGAGAUGUUCCUGCGUGCGAGGACGGUGUUGAUCGAUGAUCUCUAAAGCAAAACGCUAAAGGAGAUUCAGGUGGUUCCGGAGGAUGAAGGUUAAUAGGAAGGCAGUGGAAAGCUUCACGCGCCACCGUCUCAAGGAGCUCAUUGAGGAAGCUCGCGAUGAGCUCACUUUUGUUGGCAAAAUGAUCGUGUUCCAGAUGAUUGCGAGUGCGAAGUCAUUGAGAAUGAUGCCCCGAUACCUAAACAUGUUCCGCAGCACCGUCCCGGGCCUCUUCCUGAGGAGUUCUACAAGACCUCAAAGCUGUAAAUUCAGAAUCCAAAACAGAGAUUCCAGCUGCUAGCUCGAGCUAGCCGCAAGAGAAAGAGUGAGUAGAUUCAAGUGUUGCAUUGUAUGUGCUGGUAAAAUCCCAGUAUCCAUCUCACUUACUAGCUGAUUUCUUGUGUUCUGUGUGGAUUCUAAUAAUAAUCUCAUAAGCUA